GCAAAGACCGCCCAUCAACUUAGCACCUUGAAAUAGAAUCUUUCGAUCCCGAAGGAGGUUGGCGUUGCCGGGGUCGGCGGGAGAGGAAGAAGGAGGGCGGAGGCUGCAACGGCUCCGGGGCUCGCUAGACGGGGCUUGGAGACCGAGGAGCCCCUGCGGGAGAGGGACACGGGGCGCGGGGCCUCGCCCUCGGGCUCCCUCCCUUCUUCCUCUCUCCCCGCCUCCCGGCCCGCCCCUCCCUCUCUGAAGAGCCGUCUCUCCUCCGCGUGUCUCCGAGCGCUCUCUCCAUUGUCUCUGCCUUUACAACAGGUUCGGGCGGGGGGGAAGACAGGCGGGUGCGGGGCCGCCCCAGCCCCGGCUUUCUUGGGGCGGUCUUCCUUCCUCCGGGUGUGAGUGCCUUCGGCUGCUUUGAUUCGGCUCCGGAGCUAAUUCCCCGGCGGAGCAGCCCCCGGCGAGUCCGACCCCUCCCUCAGGGCCGUCUCCCAGCCCGCGCCCCGCCGCCUGGGUCUGCGUGUGGGAAUGAUGUGCGCGUUGGAGGGUCUAAGUUCUUCACGCGCCUGGGGGGUCCUCCCUUUUUUUUCUUAGGCAACCAAAUCGUACUCCUCUUACUAAUCAGUAAAUCCAAGGCAGCGGCAGGAAAGACGAACGCUGUUUUUCCCGCUUGAUUCCAAGAACCUCUUCGAUUUUUAUUUUUAAAGAGGGAGACGAUGGACUGAGCAGAUCCACACCAUGGAGUCUCGGGUCUUACUGAGAACAUUAUGUUUGCUCUUCGGUCUCGGAGCAGUCUGGGGGCUUGGUGUGGACCCAUCCCAACAGAUUGACGUCUUAACGGAGUUAGGACUUGGGGAGUCCACGACCGGAGUGCGCCAGGUCCCCGGGCUACAUAAUGGGACGAAAGCCUUUCUUUUUCAAGAUACUCCCAGAAGUAUAAAAGCAUCCACUGCUACAGCUGAACAGUUUUUUCAGAAGCUGAGAAAUAAGCAUGAAUUUACUGUUCUGGUGACCCUAAAACAGACCCAUUUAAAUUCCGGAGUGAUUUUCUCCAUUCACCACUUGGAUCACAGGUACCUGGAACUGGAAAGCAGCGGCCAUCGGAAUGAAGUCAGACUGCACUACCACUCCUCCGGCAGCCACCAUCCUCACACAGAAGUGUUUCCUUACAUUUUGGCUGAUGAUAAGUGGCACAAGCUCUCCUUAGCCAUCAGUGCCUCCCACUUGAUUUUACACGUCGACUGCAAUAAAAUAUAUGAAAGAGUUGUGGAAAAGCCUUCCACAGACUUGCCUGUGGGCACAUCAUUUUGGCUGGGACAGAGAAAUAAUGCACACGGAUAUUUUAAGGGUAUAAUGCAAGACGUGCAAUUACUUGUCAUGCCCCAAGGAUUUAUUGCUCAGUGCCCAGAUCUUAAUCGCACCUGUCCAACUUGCAAUGACUUUCAUGGACUCGUGCAGAAAAUCAUGGAGCUGCAGGACAUUUUAGCCAAAACAUCAGCCAAGCUGUCUCGAGCCGAACAGCGAAUGAAUAGAUUGGACCAGUGCUAUUGUGAAAGGACUUGCACCAUGAAGGGAACCACCUACCGAGAACUCGAGUCGUGGACAGACGGCUGUAAGAACUGCACAUGCCUGAAUGGAACCAUCCAGUGUGAAACUCUGAUUUGCCCAAAUCCUGACUGCCCCCUCAAGUCGGCUCUUGCAUACGUGGAUGGCAAGUGCUGUAAGGAAUGCAAACCUGUAUGCCAAUUUCAUGGACGAACCUAUUUUGAAGGAGAAAGAAACACGGUCUACUCCUCUUCUGGCGUAUGUGUUCUCUAUGAGUGCAAGGACCAGACCAUGAAGCUGGUUGAGAGUUCAGGCUGUCCAGCUCUGUAUUGUCCAGAGUCUCAUCAGAUUACCUUGUCUCAUAGCUGUUGCAAAGUUUGUAAAGGUUAUGACUUUUGUUCUGAAAGGCAUAACUGCAUGGAGAAUUCUGUCUGCAGAAAUCUGAAUGACAGGGCCGUUUGUAGCUGUCGAGAUGGUUUUAGGGCUCUUCGAGAGGACAAUGCCUACUGUGAAGACGUUGACGAGUGUGCUGAAGGGCGCCAUUACUGCCGUGAGAACACGAUGUGCGUCAACACCCCAGGUUCCUUCAUGUGCAUCUGCAAAACUGGAUACAUCAGAAUUGAUGACUAUUCAUGCACAGAACAUGAUGAGUGUGUCACAAAUCAGCACAACUGUGAUGAAAAUGCUUUAUGCUUCAAUACCGUCGGAGGACACAACUGCGUUUGCAAGCCAGGCUAUACCGGGAAUGGAACUACGUGCAAAGCGUUUUGCAAAGAUGGCUGUAGGAACGGAGGAGCUUGCAUUGCCGCUAAUGUGUGUGCCUGCCCACAAGGCUUCACUGGGCCCAGCUGUGAAACGGACAUUGAUGAGUGCUCUGAUGGCUUUGUUCAGUGUGACAGCCGUGCUAACUGCAUCAACCUGCCUGGAUGGUACCACUGUGAGUGCAGAGAUGGCUACCAUGACAAUGGGAUGUUUUCACCAAGUGGAGAAUCGUGUGAAGAUAUUGACGAGUGUGGGACCGGGAGGCACAGCUGUGCCAAUGAUACCAUUUGCUUUAACUUGGAUGGUGGAUAUGAUUGCCGAUGUCCUCAUGGAAAGAAUUGCACAGGGGACUGCAUCCAUGAUGGAAAAGUUAAGCACAAUGGUCAGAUUUGGGUGUUGGAAAAUGACAGGUGCUCUGUGUGCUCGUGUCAGAAUGGAUUUGUAAUGUGUCGACGGAUGGUCUGUGACUGUGAGAAUCCCACGGUUGAUCUUUUCUGCUGCCCCGAAUGUGACCCAAGGCUGAGCAGUCAGUGCCUCCAUCAAAAUGGGGAAACCUUGUACAACAGUGGUGACACCUGGGUCCAGAAUUGCCAACAGUGCCGCUGCUUGCAAGGGGAAGUUGACUGUUGGCCCCUGCCUUGCCCAGAGGUGGAGUGUGAAUUCAGUGUCCUCCUAGAGAAUGAGUGCUGCCCGCGCUGUGUCACCGACCCUUGCCAGGCCGAUACCAUCCGUAAUGACAUCACCAAAACUUGCCUGGACGAGAUGAAUGUGGUUCGCUUCACUGGGUCCUCUUGGAUCAAACAUGGCACUGAGUGUACUCUCUGCCAGUGCAAGAAUGGCCACAUCUGUUGCUCAGUGGAUCCACAGUGCCUUCAGGAACUGUGAAGUUAACUGUCUCACUGGAAAUUUCUGUUUAAAGAAUGUUCUUUCAUUAAAAAGACCAAAAAAAAAAAUUGAAGUGGAUGAUUUGUGGGCAGCUAAGUGCAGCAUUGUUAAUAGCUGAGUAAACUUUCAAUUACGAAAUUUGUGGAGCUUGAGAAAAUCACAAAAGGAAACUUCUUGGGGCAAAACUAGACCAGAAUUCCACCUCAACUGCAUCUGAUGUUGGCAUGUAGAAGAAUGCGUGUGAAAUACACACCAUGACAUCACGACCUCUGGAUGUAAAGCCUGAGCUUAUGGGAGCUUUGGAAGCCUCUAGCUUCACUGGUGCAGAAAAUUUUCCUCUAGAUCAGAAUCUUCACAAAUCAGUUCAGUUCUUCACUGCAAAAAAUAAAAUGUAAGGCAGUGAACGAAUUCUGUUUUCCGAAGCAAAGCAAAGAAGCUAUAACAUAUUAUAUGUACAGUAUACACUCUGAGGAGAAAUCUGAAACGAGUUAUUGUCAUGAUAAAAAUAACGCACAGGCAUGGUUACUUAAUAUUUUCUAACAAGAGAUGUCAUCCUUAUUUCAUUGUUUUACUGCACUUAAUAUUAUUUGGUUGAAUUUGUUAAGUAUAAGCUCGUUCUUGUGUAAAAUUAAAUAAAUAUUUCUCUUACCUUAUAACAUG